AUGGGAUUCCCAGUUUUCGCGCUCCAUGACCCGGAUUGCCCUUUCUACACAGUAACGCUGCCAGCGGUCAGCGACCAAGUGCGUCACAUAGUCACAUUGCGACUGGCUCCGGUCCCCCUACCUUACAUUUUUCACCAUACAUUUCACCACACAACACAACACAACACUAACCUUGGUCCGAUAACAAUUGCUGACUCGUCCAAAAUUAUAGAGGCAGCGUCACCGCCCUCUUCGCCAACAUCUGCUAGCCGGCCUAUUGCCAUUGAACUUCCUACCAUUAAGAAGUCAACACCUAGCAGCUCAUCAGUAUACACUCCACCAGCACCACUAUCAGCACGCGGAGAUCUUCCUGGCGGAUAUUUCCCAUUUCAUGAGGAUCAGGCCCGCGUCUACCGUAGCCAUCCAUUUCACCUAGACGCAUCGAAAGCACGGCAAAAGUCUAUUCAGGACGCACAGGCUUGCUCGCCGGACUGUCUUCCGCUUCCAUCUGCUCCUCCAGUCACUGGCCUGGCCCCAUCAGCAAGAGUCCCAUUACCUGUCAAAAUGCCUUCUCAGACCACGGCGCCUCCCCCAAAGGCAAUGGCUGGCCGCAAUACCCCCGUUGCAUCCUACAUGCCCAGCGGGGCUCAUGCAAACCCUCUUCCCAUGGGGAAAUACUACCCUUCGAACUAUGAGAACAGACAACCGGAGCAACACUUAUCACCAAAUCGUCCACCUGUAUCGGUGUCACCAUCCACGGGAAUCAAGUCUGAGUCUCAUGUGCCCACACUUCGAGCAGAUGGUCCAGCACAUUCGCGACAGGAAUCCGAGGCUAAGCGUCGACUGCAACAGUACCAGAGAGACAUGAUUGCACAGGCGACUUUGGCGCUCAGCGGCGGAAAUGUCAAUGCGGCGGCACGCAAUGCGAUAUCCUUGAGAAACAUGGGCUUCACCGGCAUUCCCACAAAGCCCAGCAAGCCGAAUCUUAUGCCGCUUGGGAGCCCUGGUCCCGUGACACCACUGGAUCUCGAAACAAACGACGACGAUUACCUCGGUGUUCGAUCAGGCCGUUCAGAGGACCAACCACACAUGGAGGAAGUUGCACGGGCAAUACGGGCUGAGGAAGAGCGACGCCGCCGGGAAGGCGCGCGUUCACCGGCUCUUAGCCCUGUAUUCUGA